GUGCCAGUGAACGCACACGUCUUGGACGUGGCGCGGUCUCUACGGCACACGGAUCUCGCGGCUCGGGCAGGACCUCUUAAAAAGUUGAGAUCAGAGGCAGACAAAAUCGGUAUCUUAACGGUUGUAGGGUUUUCAGUCCAUUUUCCAGACACAGAAAGGGCAGAAUGGCUCAACAAGACUGUAAAACAGAUGUGGCCUUUUAUUUGCCAAUUUAUUGAGAAACUCUUCCGGGAAACCAUAGAACCAGCAGUAAGAGGAGCAAACAACCACCUCAGUACCUUCAGUUUUACAAAGAUUGACAUUGGUCAUCAGCCUCUGCGAAUAAAUGGUGUAAAAGUGUACACUGAAAAUGUGGACAAAAGGCAGAUAAUUUUGGAUCUUCAAAUCAGUUUUGUUGGAAACUGUGAAAUUGAUUUGGAGAUCAAGAGAUACUUCUGCAGAGCUGGUGUGAAAAGUAUACAGAUUCAUGGGACUAUGAGGGUUAUCCUGGAACCACUAAUUGGAGACAUGCCCCUAAUUGGAGCACUAUCCCUUUUUUUCCUUAGGAAACCUCUUUUGGAAAUUAACUGGACUGGAUUGACCAAUCUUCUGGAUGUUCCAGGGCUGAAUGGUUUGUCAGAUACAAUAAUACUAGAUAUAAUAUCCAACUACCUGGUCCUUCCAAAUAGAAUUACAGUCCCCCUUGUCAGUGAAGUGCAGAUUGCUCAGUUGCGGUUUCCUAUGCCAAAGGGUGUUUUAAGGAUACACUUUAUUGAAGCUCAGGACCUGGAAGGGAAAGAUACUUACCUAAAAGGGAUUGUCAAAGGGAAGUCAGAUCCUUACGGAAUCAUCCGUGUGGGUAACCAGAUUUUCCAAAGCAAGGUCAUCAAAGAAAAUCUCAAUCCAAAAUGGAAUGAAGUUUAUGAGGCCUUAGUAUAUGAACAUCCAGGACAGGAGCUAGAGAUUGAGCUCUUCGAUGAAGAUCCAGAUAAAGAUGACUUCCUGGGAAGUUUGAUGAUAGAUUUAAUUGAAGUUGAAAAGGAGCGUCUUCUAGAUGAGUGGUUUACUUUGGAUGAAGUGUCAAGAGGAAAAUUGCAUUUGAAACUGGAAUGGCUCACAUUGAUGCCAACUGCUGAAAACCUAGACAAGGUGCUAACAAGCAUUAGAGCUGAUAGAGACCAUGCCAAUGAUGGUCUUUCUUCUGCAUUGCUUAUUCUCUAUUUGGACUCAGCAAGAAACCUGCCCCAUAAUCCAUUAGAAUUUAACCCUGAUGGCUUGAAGAAGUCUGCUGUUCAGAAAGCCCUAAAGUCAGGAAAGAAAAUGAACAGCAAUCCCAACCCACUUGUUUUGCUGUCAGUUGGACACAAGGCACAGGAAAGUAAGAUUCGAUACAAGACCAAUGAACCAGUAUGGGAGGAAAACUUUACUUUCUUUGUACACAAUCCCAAAAGACAAGAUCUCGAAGUUGAGGUGAGGGACGAACAGCACCAGUGUUCUUUGGGGAACUUCAAACUGCCUCUAAGCCAGUUGCUAGAGAGUGAAGAUUUAACUAUGCAUCAGCGGUUCCACCUGAGCAACUCUGGUCCAAACAGCACUAUAAACAUGAAGAUUGCACUCAGGGUCCUUUCUCUUGAAAAACAAGCAAGAUCUCCAGAUCAUCAACACUCAGCUCAAGUAAAAAGGCCGUCUCUUUCCAAAGAUGCAAGAAAAUCAUCUUUUAAGCCUCAGGUUCCUGUCUCACCACCAUCUGAUUCAAACAAACCUGUUCCAGCUUCCCCAGUGACUGAUAGUGAUAAAAAGACUGAUACAGCUGAAAAAAGUCAGCCUCCCAAUGCCAGCCCUCAGUGGCCAACAGAUCUCAGCCGAAGUUCCUCCAGUCUUCAUGCCUCUAACUUCUCUUACUCUCCCAGCCACCUCUCGGUCAAAGAACCCACUCCUAGCAUAGCCUCAGACAUAUCUCUGCCUAUCGCCACACAGGAGCUACGGCAAAGGCUACGACAGCUUGAAAAUGGAACAACUCUGGGGCAGUCUCCAUUAGGACAGAUUCAGCUAACAAUUCGUCAUAGUUCACAGAGAAACAAACUGAUUGUGGUAGUGCAUUCCUGCAGAAAUCUAAUAGCGUUUUCAGAAGAAGGAUCCGACCCAUAUGUACGAAUGUAUUUACUGCCUGAUAAGAGACGAUCAGGAAGAAGAAAAACCCAUGUAUCAAAGAAGACAUUAAACCCAGUGUUUGAUCAAAUAUUUGAUUUCAGCGUUUCCUUGCCUGAAGUACAGAGAAGAACGCUAGAUGUAGCAGUGAAGAACAGUGGUGGUUUCUUGUCCAAAGAUAAAGGGCUGCUUGGCAAA